CUGCCCACCUCGGCCUCCCAAAGUGCUGGGAUUACAGACGUGAGCCACCGUGCCCAACCCUGCUCUCUUAUUAUUAAUAGUACUUCAUUAUCAUAACUCUGUGGAUUUCAUCUCCCAGCCUGAUUAUAAGUUUGUUGAAGACUCAUCUUGGUACCUCUGUCUUGGUUUGGGUUCCCCAGGAUGCAGACCCUGAGACAAAGGUUAGAGGACGCACACUUGAAUGGCGGUGGCCAUGGCAAACACCAGCAGAGGAAUGGAGAAGUGACACGGGAGGGAAGGAUGCCAAGAAUGGAGACGUCAUGGAACCCGUCACCACUGUCUGUUCCGGCCCUCCCACCACUGACUGCGAGUUUCUGGAGCCCUGGGAGCUGCCUUCAGCAGAGGAGGCCCCGCGCUCAGCCGCCGCGGGUCGAUCUCUGAAGGCCAGGCCAGAAGGAGCGGAAAUGUGGCACGGCUUGGCGGUUCCCAGGCGCCCACGCCUGGGCCGCUCACAAGCCUUCGACUCUUCCCGGACUCCAGACCCCAGACGGCUCCGCUCCACCCUGCGGAUGAUGGAGACAAAGUUCCUUACAAGCCCCUCACCUGGGGCGGGGCCUGGCUCCCCACUGAGCAGAGGUGCUGGCCAAGGCCCUCCCCCUAGUGCCGCCAGAGUCCCUAAACUCUCUCAGAAUGGACCUGGGUACCUCUUUGUUUUUGCCUUCAUCCCAUCUGAGAUGCAGUGA